CUCGCCUCACCUUCGCCACAACAUCGCCUCGCCAUUGAACACGAGCAGCACAGCAGAGCAGCAGCAAAGAGUUAAUUCAGCAGCGAUUUGCCUUGUUUCCAUACAUUCGGACCAAGUUUUAAUUGAAGUUCGUAGUCUUUAUUAUUGAAGAUGCCUCCCAAGCAGCGCAAGAUUGCCAUCAUGGGCUACCGUUCAGUGGGGAAAUCUUCUUUAAGUAUACAGUUUGUUGAAGGACAGUUUGUGGAUUCCUAUGAUCCAACCAUUGAAAACACAUUCACAAAAGCCACUAGAGUAAACAGCCAGGAUUACGAUGUCAAAGUAGUUGAUACUGCAGGUCAAGACGAAUAUUCAAUUUUCCCUGCACAGUACUCUAUGGAUAUCCAUGGCUAUGUUUUGGUUUACUCGAUCACCUCAAUGAAGUCCUUUGAAGUUGUUCAGGUCAUAUAUGAUAAACUUCUUGAUAUGACUGGAAAAGUGCACCUCCCAAUUGUACUAGUUGGCAAUAAGACAGACUUACACAUGGAGAGAGCCAUAAGUAAUGAAGAAGGGAGGAGGUUGGCAUCAGGUUGGAAUGCAGCUUUUCUAGAAACAUCAGCCAAGCAAAAUGAGUCUGUUGGAGAAAUAUUCCACACUCUUCUUCUGGAAAUUGAAAAAGCAAAUGGAAAUGCACCAGAGAAAUCAUCCUGUGUUAUUUCUUAAAUCAAGGGUACAAGAAAAUUUUAGCUUUAAUUUUGCAGUUCAUUUCAUGCACAACUGUGAGACUGAGGCCUGAAGUGUUUCUCUAGCUAAUGUUGGAGCAAUGUCACAAUAGUGAUAAUAAGUGUAUUCAUUGUUAUAGUGUUCCAGCAUCGGUGUUUGUUGUUAUCACUGUUACCGACUAUGACCAAAGAUCCUUCAACCCCAAGAUUCAUUUGCACUGGCCUGUUAAGGACAAAGUUCCCUGUGUAAGGCCUUGGCUAUUUUAUAUCCUAGACAAGAUAUUUGGUCAUAGGCGGCAACGUAACCUUCUUGUUAAAGGUGUGCUGAUUUAGUGAAAUGCCAUAUACCAGUAAAACUUACCAGUGAGUUAACUUGAUUUCUUGUUUGUUUUGCGUUGCAGAAGACUUUUUUUUUUUUUGUCCAAUGUUUUUAUCUAAACUUCAUGUGAUGUUCGCAUUCACUUCCAUUCAGAUAAGUCAAAUUUGGUCUCCAUUGAAAAAUUUGUGGCAAUCUAUUAACGCAAUGAGUCCCACGUGACCACAUGUGUGGUCACAAUAACCCGUGUUUGCUCGUCCCCUCUGGGACUCAAUGUGUUAAGAAGGAUAAUAUUUCCAUGUGCAUCCCAUUCUAGGUCAUAUAGCCUUCUCACCUAGGUUUCUAUCUCACUUUUACAAUUGGGUAUAUAUAUAGAAUUUUCUUCACUACAGCUGGUUGAAAUUUUCUAUGCAUAAGUGCCACCAGAUUUAGAAAAUCCUUAUCCAUCUAAAAUCUAAUUUUAAAAAUUGUAACUCCACUUUAAAUAUACUAUGCACUUUUGUGCAGAUUUUGUGCAGAUUUCUUAUGUAGUGAUAUUUGUGUCUCCUAAUUGAGUGCCAAUGGUAAUUUAUCCCACAGUUCUUUGUUUCAUUAUCAACCAUUUUCAUUUCAUAUUUUGGCCAUCGUUCUUGUAUUGAAUGGUGUUGCUUAGAACUAGUGUAGGUUUUCAUGGGUCCACUUUGUAUAGUUUUACAACCCUGCUCUAGUUUAAAUUAUAAGAACUUUCAUGAUUCUAAGUCAUUUUUGAGUUUCUCUAAGCUCUGCAUUUUGCUUACUGAACUGCAACCACAUAUUUCUCUGAACAAUGUCUGUUUUUAACCUCAUGUCUUAAGCUUUUAUGUGAUAGCAGAUCUUUGAUCUCCUAAUAGAAUGAAAAUUUAAAGUAGAAACAGGGUUUUACAAUCAUUACAUAUGUUCUCUCUAUGGUAUGUCUUAAUGUUCUAGUUUAUUUUGAAUGGUUUUAGGUGUUUGUGUAGUUGCUUUACCUGAAAUCUAUACCCUGUUUAUCUUUGUCUCAACAUUGAAUGAAAUUGAUUUGGGUUUUUCCGCUAAUUGAUUGGGACUGCAUUGUAAUACUUAAAAUUAUUGUUGAUCUGUUUCAACUUGUGAGAAAUGAUAAACAGGUUGUGCUAUUGCUGACCUUUUUGAAAGGGAUAUUUUGAUAGUAGGCUUUGUGUGCUGAUUGUUUGAGGACGCUUUUUUGAUAAUUUACUUCUAUUUUGAAGUUAGGGGAUGUAAGCAAACAAAGGAUUCCCAUAAGAAACAUGUGGAUUGUCAAAUGCAAUAAAUUGCAUGGCUGUUUGAGACCUGAACAAACUUACUUCAGUGCUAGACAGAGCUUCUUUACAAUAACCUUUAUGUAUUGCUCAUCAAUCUGCCUAAGAUACUAAAAUCUGAUGUUAUGCCUGACAUAUUGAAGCAUUUAAAUGCUAUUGAUACUUUAUUUGCAACAAUUUUUUGUUGUUAAAUAGGGUUAUUUUACUUUUAUAGCAGGGUUAUUGCAAUAAAUGUGGUGUAACCAAAUCAUAGUUUUAGCAGGUUUCAAUGGGCAAUAUUUCCAAUUUUGUAUUACCAAUUUCAAAAACAGUAAUUUUCUUCUAGAAUCUUUGGUUUUAAAAGAAGUAACUUAAAUAAUGUUCAUGUGUUUUAUUGAGGUAUUCAGUUGUUGGGUCCAUUUGUUUUUGUCACAGAGUAUAUUUUGUUGUGCUGUCCUUUACAAACAUUUUCUUGAAUAUGUAAAGUAUUGUUUAGAGGAUUUGGUUCUGCAACCUUUGUCAUCUUUAUGCAUCCCUAAAAAAAAAAACACUAAAAAACAAAAACAGGCAUAAAAACACUAUUUAAGUGUGGGGAAAACUUUGACCAAAUCUGUCUCUUCUUUUCCAUUAUUGAGUAAUGUCAGGCCUAUUGGGUACAAAUUUUGUGGAUUCCUCAUGUUUCAGAAAUAUUUGACCUGAUUAUAGUUUCUCUAUCCAAUUAAUUUAUGGUAAGCCAUACUGCUGUUCUUAACAAAUAAUGAAGUCUGCGGGAAUGAUGAAGAAAAUUUUUAAAGUUUACUUUCUCUUUGAAACUGAAAGUGACAAACAUGGGUUGUUCUUUUUAAGGAAGUGUCCCAUGCCUUUUCACACAAGUUGUCUUUUAUUCCUCGUGUCAGAAUUGACAUUUUGUUAUUUAAAUUAUUUAUGGCAAUGGGAUGAAAUGUACUCAAUCACCUGUUGGGUGAGUUUCCUAUUCCUGUUUGUGUCGCAGAUUAUGUUUGUGUGUGAAUGUGUGAUAGUGUGACUGUGUGUAACUAUAUUGUUGAUAUCUAAAUGUACAUUAUGAUAAUUAUGCAUUAAAGGGUUGGAACUAAA